AUGAAUAAAAGAAUGGAGAAGUGGUAUUAUUAUGAAGAAAUUGAAGUAGGACAAUCACCAUCAAAUAGAAUGAUAAGUAUAAUUACAGAAAAACAAUAUGAUUACAAACCAUUAGAAUUUUCACUUAGUUAUAGUAUUUUAGAAACAUUUAAACAUAAUUAUAAAUAUAAUGAAAAUAUUCCGAGAGAAUUUAUAAAAGAUAUAGUAGAUGAAAGAGUAAAUAUAUAUCCAUAUGUUAUAGGAGAUGAAAUAAUAGAAGAAUUUGAAGAAGAAACAAAGAAGAUAAUAGAGAAAUAUCAAACAAAAUGUAAUCCAAAGAAUAAAAGAUUGGUUAAAAUAGAUAAUAAAUGUGAUAAAGAAAUUAAUAUAAAACAUGGACAUGGAGGAUAUGAAUGUGGAGAUAAAGGAGAAUGGAGUACAAAAUGUGUACUAGCUUAUUGUGACUCAGGAUACAAGUUUGAUUAUAAUAAAAAUAAAUGUGUUAAAGGAAUUUGUGCAUAUCCAAGUAGUUGA